AUGAGCAAGAAGUAUCAUCAAAAGUCAUUCACUGCCGAGGAGAAGCGUAAAGCUAUCCAUACAUAUGAGGGGAAGAUCCAUUAUAGUGCUCGAUAUUCGGGUGAGUUUCCCCGGCUGUUUGUGGACCCCAUGGUGGAGGCUCUUUGGACCCUUGCUGAUCGAUUGUUUGUUGCUUCAGAUACCGAGUGGGAAUACAGACAUGUAAUCGUCCCCAAACCCCUCGUCCGUUUCAUUCCGCCAGGCGUCUGUGCAGAAGAGGUUUGGAGAGGAAUCGGCAUCAAACAGUCACCUGGAUGGGAGAUGUACAUGCGGCAUGAGCCUCAUGUGCUCCUUUUCCGACGUCCGAAGAACUACGAUCAGCUCCAUCGUCCCUUUUCUCAAACAUUAGCGGCCCGCCAGCUCAAUAUCGCUACUACAAAACCGCGGGCACUGGCCGAACCGACCAAAUAA